GUGAAGUUCUUGGAGCGGCAAUAGCAGAAAACAUCGGAUUAAAGGAGCUGAAAAUCAGCUGGAACCAUUUCCACAGUGAGGGAGCAGUUGCUUUGGCCAAAGGCGUGGGGGCAAAUGUGUUCCUCAAGGUGCUGGAUGUUUCCUACAAUGGCUUUGGCAACAAUGGAGCAGCUGCCUUGGGAGAUGCUCUGCGAGCCAACAACGUGCUGGAAGAGCUCAAUGUAAGCAAUAAUCGGAUCUCGGUGGAAGGAGCUCUGCGACUUGCAGUUGGCCUGAGAGAAAACAAGACCCUGAAGAUCCUUAAGAUGAUCAGAAAUCCCAUGCAGAACGAAGGAUGCUGUGGGAUCCUCAAAGCUCUACAGGCAAAUUCUGGCACUGGCAUGGAGAUCCUGGACCUGCCAGACAUUCCUGUGAGCAAGGAGUUGGUGGAGCUGUGCGAAGCUGUGCAAACGCUUCUCCCAAAUCUUCUUCUCCGACGUGGUGGAAGCACAAAACUGCAGGGGAAAAGUCUGUUGGCGGUCGAGCUCUGGCCUCAGCCCAAAGUGUUGGGUAAUUCCCGUAACUCCGUGCCUUAA